UGAAAUCCUCCUCAGAGCCACAGUCCCAUAAUCAACACCGCACAGACAGCUCGCGCGGGGCAGUGCACGCGCUGGACAUUGAUAAGAAAACUGCAAGACCAGGAGUUUUAAUUUAACUUCCAUUAAUGUCGCUUUCAUUAGAGGCAAUGCGAAGACGAAGGGACCCUCGUGUACUACACAUGGAACAUCUUGGAUUGGAAAGACUUUUUUAUAUAUAAAUUUUCUAUAUAUUUAAUCAACGGUGAUGUGGAGUUAAUAGUGAUAUUUUGUACCAAACAAAGGGACCGCACGCGCACCACUUUAUAGGCCUAUUAUAAAAUACGUUUUUUAUUUAAAAAAAAAAAAAAAGUCCUGUUUGACUGCUAAAACAUUUUAUAUAAAUUUGAAUUACUUUUUUAAAAUUUACAUGACUGAACAGGUAUUUUAGAUGACCGUUUUCUCAGAUAAUAUUAAGAGACGUCUUUAUUGGACUGGACCAUGUAAAUCUAUGAUUAAAUAACCGCCAUCUGAGGAAUCCGGGAUUUUGGUGCUUCGCCUGGAAAAAAAAAAAAAAAAAAACUCUUCACUUUAAUCCGCAAACUGCCUUUCAAAGGACUUCAAAUGGGCCACUUGCUCCUCAGAAAAGAGACUCAUUCUGCCGUGGAGGGCAAUUUGAAUGUUUGCGCACUGAGAGGAAUGUCGAGCCUGCAGAGCCGCUGAGGGACUCGAACUGCUGCUUAAUUAACCCGAUAUUUGCUCGCGAGUCGGAGUCCAGUGCUGAGCGUCUCGUGCGCGUCUCUCUAAAUGCGCGCUGUCCCGCGGAGCCCCGCAGCGGCACGGCAGCAAGAUGAGAUCGCGGAUCCCGCUACUUCUCGCGGUACUUGCGGCGGCGUGUCUGCGGUUUGGCAGUGCGGAGGCUGAUCCUCUCCCGGCCGCUGUGGUUGAGUUGGUGAAGGGUGGAUCUGUGACUUCUAUUCAGGACCUGCAGUUUCUACUGUUCUCUGAAUCCAUAGAGGUUGAGCCAGACAUUCAUCAUGAAAACGACACCAGCAACCGUCUGCCACGGAGUCUUCUGGAUGCUCAGCCCGCUCAGCAAGCCAUCUGUAAGGUCAGGACUGAAGUCAUCGAGGUCACACGCUCCAUGUUGGACCGUAGCAAUGCAAAUUUCCUGUUGUGGCCUCCGUGUGUGGAGGUGCAAAGGUGUUCGGGCUGCUGUAACACCAAGAGCAUGCAGUGUGUUCCUGUACUUACACACACACGAUACCUACAGGUGAUGAAGAUACAGUAUGUGAACAAGCGGCCGCUCUAUGAUAAGGCCGUCGUCUCCGUCCUCGACCAUGUAGAGUGCCGCUGUCAGCCGGCUCCUCGGCCCGCACAGCGCCGGAAACCAUCCAGCCAAAAAAUGGAUGCACGGGAUCGUUCGGGGAAAACUCGACCCAAAGUUGAGCUCCAUAGCAGGGAUGAACUCAAACACAACCAGAGGUUAAGCCUGGAGGACCUGUUCAGUCACAGCUGGCUGCCCAAAGAGAGGUUCUCUGAAUCUGGAGCACCAGACACUUUCCAUUUCGGCCGUGAUGGCUGGGAUCGGAACGAGACGCAAUAUGGAGGGGGCAAAGGUCAUCAUCGCCACCCUGCAGAUGGGAGGAGACACAGCAAUACGAAUGGCACGUCAACACAGGGAACGACGGCUCCACUGCCGAAUCAUACCGAGCAGGAAGAAACUGAUUCGUCACUGCACAAUGUUACACAAUUCGAAUCACAGAGUAAUGCCAACCAAAGUACAACCAAUCAGACAUCAGAAUAUAAUAUGGGGACAUUGGAAUUAUCCAAUCAGACUUUUAAGCACCAGUCAAAUCUCACGCAAGAAAUCGAAAAAUUGCGAACAACCAAUCAGACAGACCAACUUGCUUUCAAUGCCACAGAAACAGCCAGUCAGAAUCUGGGAGAUGUAGAGGAGAACGGUCAGAAAGUGAGAGGUGAGACCUCAGAUGUAGAGGCGAAGGAAGAGGAGCGAGAGCAGGGACAAAUGGACAGAAAGGCCAAGGAGGAGGAGAUGGAAGACCUGCUGCUACAGCACAAACUCCUAGAGGAGCAGAAACACAAACAUCACCUCAAAGUACAACAGACGAAUAUACAGCCGGACGAGAAACUACAGCAGCUUCAUCAUAAACAACAACACACUUAUACAACCACACAACCGCCAGGAACUACAUCUCCUCCUCUGCAACAUCUCCCUGCACACAAACCUCACAGGCCACCUCCUCACCCCCCGAAAAGGAGGAGAAAACAACGUAAUCGUAUCAGCAAGUCUGCCAUGAGAGCCCUUCUCAUGUAACACAAACAUACACAGAUAGAUGUUCAGAUGGAUGCAAUUUCACCCAUAUGAGUUCUUAUUUAUGUAACCAGUGUGUCCAAGGACAUUAAGAGUUGCGGCACUAAUCACUUUUCAAAGAACAUCUGCAACUCACCUCUCACACCCUGCUGUUCUCCUUCUCUGCUCAAAGUCAUGAGGAAAAGGACAGUCCUGACACAGAAGAUGCUUGCAUGGAGGAUUGCUGCAGGUUCUCUUCCAAAGAUUCGCUGUGCUCCAGUUGGCUCUUUGAAUGGACAUUCAGCCUUCUAGCUCCAAAAAUCCUAGAAGUGGGACUUGAGAACCAUGUAAAUCAGGAAGUUCAGAAGAUCAGAAGCAUGAAACAAUUCAUGAACACUGAUCAGAGAAACUGAGUAAUAGUAUUAUGCUGGGUCAGUAUGCUGUGGUAAACAUCCUGUUCAGCACAGACCUAGUAAAAGGUGGAAGAGAAUAGCCUAAAAAAAACUAUAAAGAAAACCAGUAGUUAUAUCUGUGCUACAUCUCACCUUUCUUUUUGAAUCACCCAAAAAAGCGGUUGCAAUUUUCAGUAAUGUUGUGGAAUCAGUGCUGAAAAUGAGGCUUGGAUUUCAUGAAGCAGCUGACCAUAGUUUUUUUCCCCUGGUCAAGUAUUAUCAAAAAUAAAUCUUUAAAAAAGCACACUAUUUCCAGGGAUGCACUCGAAACAUGUUAUUUUAUGCCAUAUUUCAAACUAUGUGCUUUAUACCUAAAACAUACAGAGACAGAAAACGCUUGAACAACUUUGUAUUUUAAUAUAUUACCAGUCAAGUUGUUUGCAGUAUCAUUAGUUAUUAUUUAAGCGAUUCUUAACACUGGAAAUUCACACAGGAUAAAGCAAGGGAAUGCAUUUCUGUCUCAAUUAAUUCUUCAGACCUCUAAGAGUGUAAAGGUGCUACAUAACACAAAGCAGUAAGAGUUUUAUUCAUUAAUAUUAUUUAUUCUUUUGUAAAUCUGUUCUGUUCACAGCAGGCCCAGUGUUUCAUCAUAGUCUUACAACACCAGAAGACCAAAAUGUGGAUUAUUUUUAGUAUGUUCAUGUACAGAUGGUCUGUUUUGGAUCUUUACUAAACCUUGCAGAUUGUGCAGAAUUUGCACUCUUUUUAUAUUAAGAAUAAAAUUUAAACACUAACCAUUAAGGUGUAA